AUGAGGACAGGGUGGUUUGAAAUAAUCGAAAAUACUGAGGAAAGUCAAAUAGCGCAGUGUGUGGGUGACAUUCUACCCGGGAAGAGUGUGUUAAAAUUUGAAUGUUCUGAGGGUGAGGUGUUUGAUGUUCACUGGUUCCCUACAGGGCAAUGUUUUGCAGUUGGUGGUACGGACAGGAAAGUACGUAUUUACGAUAUUGUUAGCGGGAAACAGGAAAAGAAAGCUGUUUUAACUGGUAUGAAUGGUUCUAUAAUGAGAAUAGAUUUUAAUUCCGAAACGCGUCAAAUAUUGGCAGCAGGAACUGACUUUGCAAUUCGUAUAUGGGGUGUUGACGACUUAAGAGCAAGACACACUUUAACAGGCCAUAGCGAUAAAGUUGCGACAGCAAGGUUCAACGCAGAUGGAACAAAAGUUAUAUCAGGAUCACAUGAUCGGACGAUCAGAAUUUGGGACUUAUCGACGAGGAAGUGUCUUAAGACGUUAUUUCCUGCUUCUACUGUGUUUGAUUUGGUUUCAAACCCAUUAUAUAACGCUAUGGUGAUCAGUGGUCAUUUUGACAAACAGGUGCGCUUAUGGGAUAUUACAUCGGGCGCGUUUGUACGUGCUGUGGAGCUAAAUGGCCGCGUGACUUCCCUUUCUUUAGCUGCAGCACAUUGCAUAUUUUUAGAAAAACAAGUCGUCCUCUGCUCUUGCCGAGAUAACACACUUUCUCUAGUGGACCUCAGAACUUGUAGAAUAGAACAUGAAUACAGUGCAGACCAGUAUCGUUCAACAUUUGACUAUACUAGAUGUACGCUUAGUCCAGGUUUCGAGUACUGCGCUGUUGGUUCUGCAGACGGCCAAAUUUUUGUGUGGAAUUUAAACACGACUAAGCUAGAAAAAGUUCUGGGUCAAGGUGGUCAUGAACGUCCAGUGACAUCAGUUGAUUGGCACCCACGUGGCCACUGCUUGCUUUCCGUAGACAGGAUGAAAACUGUAUGCCUCUGGUCGUCAUAG